UGCCGUGUGUCGCGCCAGGACAGCCGGCGGAAAGACAGAGUUCACAGAUCUCGGCUCUGGAGCUAGCGCGAUCGUUCAAAGUGACCGGUGGUAGUGGCGACGAGAAGAAGAAUCGCGUCGUUCUCUCGUACUCUUCCGAAGUGCCUCACAGUACGUGUGGUAAAGUGUACACACGACUGGAGUUCAUCUGCAACCCUUCAGCUGGUCCAGAGAUGGAAAGUACACGUGGAAUAUAUCUCUGUGUGGAGGACUGGACUACGUCUGUCACCAGUCGUCACUGAAUGCCUCGGUCUGCCAGGGCUACGACGGACACCAGAGGGUCAGCGGUCUGGCAGACUCUCGCCAGCUCCUCUUCUUCGACGGCUCUCUCAGUCUGAGACUCGGCGGAGGAGAGAAGUGUAAUUCCAACGGGAAAAACCGCUCCACUCUUAUCAGCUUUGAGUGUGACCAGUCGGUGCUGGCCGGCCAACCUCGCUAUGUGCAGGAGGUGGACUGUGAGUAUUCAUUCGUGUGGCCGACUCUAUUGGCCUGUCCUCACAAGGAACUGGAGUGCGUUGCCAGAGGAGGGAGAUAUGACCUUCGACCUCUGCUCCACUACCACAAUUACAUGGUCACCACGUCCGGCGACUACACCAUUGCUGUGGGCGGAUGCAGUGGCCUGGACUUUGAAUCGCUGCCUCGCUGCCCGCAGGAGGCAGGUAUGGGUGCCUGCAAGUUCCCCACGGCUGGCUCCGAUGAGGGAGAGGUUCUGGGUUACCUGAUGGGAGAUAUGGUGGAGGAGGUGACUGGGGUACUGAGACUCUCCUACUAUAAUGGAGCAAAGUGUGCGGGGAGUGGGAAGAGUAGAACUGUCAACAUCUUCUUCCAAUGUGAGAUGGGAGCUGGACUGGGGGUGCCCAUUGAGAGAGACAGUAGUGACGACAGCUGUAUCACCAGCAUCGACUGGCUCACUCAGUACGCCUGUCCUCUGGACGCAGUCAGCACCAAUGAAUGGAACAUCUCUAACCCCGUCACCCACCAGAACUUUGACCUCACCAAACUGAGCCCCGUCCUCUCUCAGACUUUUAUCGAGAACGGCAUCACCUACAACUACACAGUCGCACUCGGCGGGCAUCAAAUAGAAUGCGGGACGUUGGGCAAAGACUACCAGAACCCCAUAGGAGCGUGCCAGGUCAGAGUUGACACGGGGAAAUCGUUCAUUCUCGGUCGACGAAACACCACCCUGCGGUUUGUUGGGGAGGAACUGCGAGCCGAGUAUCGCAACGGGAACUUCUGUCACCAUGUCGAUGCCCCCAGGAGGACCGUUUUAACGUUUGUGUGCAACUCUACGGCGCCCGAGUCGGGUUACUUGGAGGUUUUGCCCGAGGAGGAGUGCGAGUAUACGUUCAACGUUCACACACCGAAGGCUUGUCAGCGGAACAAUGCUUCGUCGGUGGAGUGUUUUGUACAGGGAUAUGCGGUGUUGGGAAGUAUGACGUCAUUCAGAGUACCUCCAGUUAAAGCACAGUCUGGGACUGCGUACCUGGCCGUGUGUGGUCCCAUAUCAGCUGACAACCAGCUGAUCGUACAAGCCGCAUCGGUUUGCCCGUACGGAGCUGCUGCGUGUGUAGUACAGGAUGGUAAGGCGGUGAGUCUGGGGCAGGCCAGCUCUGCCCCGACCCUCCUGAAGGGAGGUGGAGGGUGUGGUCCUGGAGUACAGGAAUGGGGACCUGUGCAGAGGAGGCCCGGCCAGAUGGAGGUCGACUCUCGUCCUCUCCUGUGACAGAGAUGUCGCUAUGGGGUAUCCUGAGGCAGUGUUAAGCAGUGAAGACUGCAGCUAUACUUUCACCUGGCACAGCUCCUUUGCCUGUCCCGUGGAGGUCUUCAGCACCAACUCCUCCGACAGCAUCUGCUCGUUCCGAGACCCUGCGGGGGGCUCCCUGUAUAAUUUCCAUUCGAUUGCCUCGCACGACAUCCCCGUUCCGGACUCGGAUACCAAGUACCACCUGAGACUGUGUGGAACCGCGACGCAAGCUCCCAGCGGGUGUGGGUCUAGAGUCGGUGUGUGUAGCUCAGACGGCACGGAGACUAAGACUCUAGUCAACGCUCGCCACAAGAUUGUGAUCGUCUCCCAUGCUCCGCAUACAUUUGAGGUGGUGUUUGAUAGCGGAGCACCGUGUGGCACUGACUCCCAGUGGACGUCUGUGGUGACGCUGGUGUGCAAGUGGCGGGGAGGAACGGAGCAUCCCGUGUUCGUCUCAAGCAGCGACUGUACUCUGAGGUUCCUGUGGAAGAGUUCUCUGUUUUGCGACGGACGAGAGACGUGUGCGGCUGAGGACAAGGACAGCGGAUACACCUACGACCUGGAUUCCCUAUUGAGCAGCACUUGGAAUGGGUUGGUUCAUGGGGAGAAGGGAAGGUUUGAACUGGGAGUGUGUCGCAGUCUUAACCCUUUCUCUUCUGGCAACCACUGCUCGUCUCCUGCCGGCAUCUGCUGGCACAAGAGUGGCUCUGAACACAUUAAUCUCGGGCACAUGACGGGACCUCCAGUGUACGUGGGGGGAGAGAGUCCACACAUACUGUUGAACUAUACCGAUGGUGACGUGUGCUCUGAGGCUGCGACUGGCCGGAAACACUCCACCACUGUCUCCCUCACUUGUGGGCCGGGGAAGAGUACUCCACUGACUCUGGAGAGCAGUGGUCCAUGCAGCCACACUCUGGACUGGGAGACUCCGUACGCCUGCAGACCUCACGUCAACUACACUCUGGCCUGCGUCUGGAACGACUCCUCCUCGGGACUCCAGUUCAACCUCUCCAGUCUCGCCAAACCCAUCACGGUGGACGCUGCAGACUGGAAUAUCGAUGUGUGUCUGUGUCCCAGUGAGGCCUGUAGCAAGUGGGGCGGGGCCAAGGUCUCCGCCCACCACACCUCCUCCGCCCCCUCCGCCCAACCCCAGAGCUGGGGGGAGUUCGGUAGGCUCUCUGUCUCCAGUGCUAACAGUGGACCAGUCAUCACUUUCACUAGUGGAGAUGUCUGCAGAGGUACGACGAAAUACAAGACAGACAUCUACAUGGAGUGUGACCGAUCCAUCACCACUGACGACAGCAAGCCAGUCUUCCAACAGAGCAUGUCAAGAGGCUGUACGAAGGUGCUGUUCUGGUCCAGUCCAUAUGCGUGUCACAGUGAGAGGACCAGCUGUACUCACACUGCGGGGGACAAGUUCUUUGACUUCACUCCACUCCAGGCUAACCCUGGGGAGAUGGCCUGGAAGACACACUAUAGCGGAGAUGAGUACUAUGUCAACUUGUGCGGAUCAAUUCCAGAAUUCACUGGUUGUGACCCAGAGACUGCAGUCUGUCUGCACACGUCAAAGGGAGGAUGGUUGAAUAUUGGAAUGACCUCCACUCAGGAGAUUAUUGGAACUACUGAUGAUCACAUUCAGAUCAAGUUCAGCGGGAGACACAAGUGCAGAGACGCGACCUCUCACGUCACCAUUGACAUGAGCUGCGGCCUCUCUGGCCUAACACUGGACAGAAAUGAUGAGAACCUGUGUACUUAUGAGUUCUUGUGGAGCACACCUUACGCCUGCCACGUGGAGGACACGAUUCAGAAAUGGACAAAGUGUGAAGAUCAGCUGAAGUCAAAUGAAUAUGAUGGACUUGUUUUUCUACCAAACAAACUAAAGAGCUCUGAAGGGAUGUUGGUAGUGGAGGGAGACUCAGCUCAGAGGACGUUCCACGUCAGUCUGUGUGGCGGCAACUCCCACUGUCCUCACGGCUCCUCCGUCUGCUACACCGACAGCUCCGGACUCACCACCAAUGUCGCCACCUCCUCUCUCCAGACCAUCAUGACUCAAGGACGUCGAUGUGGAUUCAGAUGACCUCAAUACUGAACGGUUUCUCUCCGCGCUCGUGUGCAAUGUGGAGUGUGUGGACGACAGUGCUGACGUCAGCAGAGCUGAACUAGGGAGUUUGUGAAAGUCACUACGUCGACGCUGGCAGUGAGAGGCACACAUUCUAUCACUUUCACAUGUGGACCAAGAAGGCUGCUCCUUCUCUACAACAACCAACCACAGCACCGUACACUCCCACCAUCAUCACAAGAGUACAGAUAAUGGCUGGGAGACCACAGUGGUGGCAGUGGUUCGUCUGGCUCUGGUGGUACCUCAGCGACCGUGUGGCUCUGUUGGUCACACUAGUGGUACUGAUGUAGCGCAUCUUCUUGGCUUUAUUUCUACAAGAAGAGAGACGGGAUAGAUCUAUUCACUGUUCAGACCAGUCAUACUGAACCGGUACCAGUAUGUGAAAAGGUAGUACAAUAAUGUGCAGUGUACAGAAGAUUGCCUCGCUAAAAAAACUGGGAUCUGGAGAGGAAGAGGUAGGGGAUUAGGACGAAGUCGUGUGGUGGAUGUUUGUCCUCUUCUACCCCACGAAAUUGGACCGAGAAUCAUGAGACCACAAGUGUUUGACCUAUGCUGUCUAUACUACCACACAAAACGAUCAAAAUCCAGACCUACACUCAAAUCUGCGGAUUGAAGCUUUCCCAAAUAUUACUGUGGCCAUCUUAAUUCCAGACUAUCUUACUUGCCAAAAACCAGACUAGCUAAGUGUUGUAGCUAGCCACCCAGUGUUUCUGCUCUAUACUGUGCAGUUACCAUGACUCUUACGA